CCGCACAUGCAUUAACUCCUUAAGUGCAAAACAUAUGAAUAUGCAUAUUAAACAGAGUAUUAUGCAAAAACAGGAUUAAUACUGGAAUCAAUAUAAGUGCUAUGAUAACAAAAUAUAUUCUAAACCACAUGUUAUCUAUACAAUACAAGGAUAGUGCAUAAAAGACAUUAACUUAGGACCCCAAAGGCACAUGUUCAGCCGAAGGUCAAAGGCUCAUCAGCAGGACAGUAUUGCAGACACUGUUCGGGGACAUUACACAUAUAUCACCAGUCAAGGAGCUACUCUAGCCACGGUCCGUCCAAAGCGGACCAGGCGACAGGCCGAGGCAGAGGAGGAGGAGGAGGAGGAGGGGAUCAUCCUGGAGGAGGAAGAGGAGGGGAUCAUCCUGGAGGAGGAGGAGGAGACACAGGAGCCGGAGGAGGAACAGCCAGGGCCCUCCCACAUGGCCCAAGCCAUACCACCACCACCACCACCACCACCAGCACCACAGGAGGGAGAGGAGGGGAAUUCCUCCCCACUCUCCAGUCAAGAUGUGGCCUACACUCCAAAUCAGGAGAUUGCGCAACAAUUAAAAAAGGAAAUAAAAAAAAUUAAAAAAGACCAUGAAAAAAUGAGAAAGGACACUAUGAGGAUGGCGCGGAAAAUAACGGGAUUGGAGGAGUUGAUUAAUAAGUUAACAUAG